AGCAACCAAGAGUGUGCUAGAAAGCUCCACCCAUGGAAUGUUUCUUUUGGAGAUUCCUCCUCCUCUGCCUUGUCCUCACUCCCAGAGUGCCGGGAGGAGCCUCUGAGCUUUGAUGGCUCUUAACUGGCGAAAAUAUUUUUUUGAUGCUUCGGAAGGAAGCGGCAGACUGGGAAAAGGCCCGUGAGGAAGCCAGGACUCUUACCAGAAUUGGAUGCAGAUUGCGGACAUGGUCUCCCCUUCUGAAGGGAUGAAGCUUGCCAAAUUUCAGAAAGAUAGGUAUUUUAAGUAGAAACCAGAGGCCAUGAACUGGGGAGUCUUUCAAGGGCUCCUGAGCGGGGCAAACAAAUAUUCCACAGCCUUUGGACGUAUUUGGCUCUCAGUGGUCUUCAUCUUCCGGCUUCUAGUCUACAUAGUGGCAGCAGAGAAGGUUUGGGGAGAUGACCAGAAGGACUUUGACUGCAAUACUGAGCAACCAGGCUGCCCAAACGUCUGUUAUGACCAUUACUUCCCAAUCUCCCACAUCCGCCUCUGGGCCCUACAGCUUAUUUUGGUUACCUGUCCUUCCCUGCUGGUAAUCAUGCAUGUUGCCUACCGAGAAGCCAAACUGGAGAAAUAUAGGAAGAAGGUUGGAGCAGACUAUGCACUGCGCUAUCCUCCUGGCAAGAAGCGUGGAGGCUUGUGGUGGACCUAUUUCUUCAGCCUCAUCUUCAAGUCUGCUGUGGACAUUAUAUUCCUCUUCAUCUUCUACCACGUGUACCCAAACUACACACUCCCCAGUGUGGUGAAAUGCUCCCUCGAACCUUGUCCCAAUGUUGUAGACUGCUUCAUAGCCAGGCCCACAGAGAAGAACAUCUUCACCCUUUUCAUGGUCAUCACUACCUGUGUUUGCAUCCUCCUCGGCCUUGUUGAAGCCUUCUACCUUGUUGGGAAACGAUGUACAGAGUGUCUUGAGCCCAAAAAUGAAAGCCACAGGAGGCAGGGCAGUGAAUGGAUGAGAAGAGAGGACGCUUGCUCUCUGCCCAACAGCAAACAUGACCCAAAUGAAGUGGGUGUGCAGGUGUUCCAUGGUGCAGAUUACAAACCAUCUACCUCCAUCAUCAAGGCUGCUCCACCUUCCCAGAGAACUCUAAGCACAUAAACUACCCGGUCAAAAUUAAAUCCUGGGAAAUUUGGUAAUGGAAACCUUAUGAAAAAAACAAUAUGACUUCAUUCUCAGAAUGAACAGUGCCUGCUGCUAGGCAGGACAUUUGCAUGAUGUGCCAGAAGGCAUGUCAGAGUAUUCCAAUAAAAACAGUAGACAUUGCUGGUGCACAUUUAUUCAUCCCAUGUCUGGAAAGGAAAUCACUGCAGCAAAUUUGUCAUUGUCGUUUUCAGUCCACAAAUGAUAUGCGAUGAUAUGUAACUGAUGGUGUUUUCUUCCCCCCACCCCCCAAAAAAGUAUUAUGUUUCCUUUUAAUUGAAAUGAAUAGGGAAGAAUGACACGAUUAAUUAUAUAAGAUUGUGCCACAGUGAGAUGACUAAUGCCGUUUUCUGUCAGUAGCCAAAGUGCAGGAGGAGGGAAACAGAGCUGCAUCUGGAAAAUAUGUGAUGGAACAGAAAAUAGUGCUUUCUUGCAUCCCUUUGUGCAAGAUGGAGAUGGAGAAAGGAAUGGCCUACAGUAUUUCAGGCCCCAACCCAGCUCAGGCUGUUCAAUUUUUUGAUGUCCAUAUUUGAUCCAAGAAUAUAUUAAAUAGCCAUUUCAAAAUUCACUAGUUCCCUCAGCUCAUUCCAUCUAAACCACUUACAUUGUAUACUGUCCCAUAACUCAUCCAGUCAAAUUUUUAAAGACCUCCCCACCACCAGCGAAAGGUGGCUAGCAUACUUGGUACUGAGAUCUCAGGAGUGAAAAGCAAUAUUGAAAUAAAGAUCGCUAAUGGAGAAGAAAUGGUAUUUGUCUAGUCCUGUUGCAGUAUUGCAGUUCUUAUUCUGAAAAAUAUACACAUUUUCUAUUUUGUUAUUAUUAAUAUUAUUUAUCGAGAGAGAGGGAGAGAGAGAGUCAUAUAUUGUAUAACAUACACAAUAAAUGGGAUGC